GGCUGACCGGAUCGAAACGGAGAGACAGAGAGAAAAAGAGAAGGAAAAAAAGCGAUCAGGAUGAUGAACGCAUUCCUGGAUGGCGUGUCCUCGCAUCCGCACCACCUGGCCAAUCUCGGCAUCAAGCUGUCGCCCAGCGGUGGCGGUGGCGGUGGCGGCGGCGGCGGCGGCGGAUCAACGGACACCGGCGCAGGUGUCCAGCCGCCACCGGGCGACGCCCCGUCCCAGCAGCAUCAUCACUUUCACCCCCAAGGAUAUCCCCCUCACCACCCCCAUCCGGCGUCCCACAUGGCGCCCCACAUGGGCCACCACAUGAGCCAUCAUCCCGGCUACGCGGCCCGCGACUUCCUUCUGCGCCGCGAGCACGAGUUCAACGCGACCGCGAACCCAACCACGCCCGAGAGCGGGCUGGGAUUGUUCACGCCGCUCCACCACGACGGGACGGCCGCCUCGAUGCAGCAAUUCUCCCAUCACCCGAGCCAACAUCCGGCCCUGGCGGCCGGCCACUAUCCGGGCCACUAUCCCCAGGACUCGAGGCUGGCCCCUCACCACCAGUACUUGGGCGCGCCCCAUUUGACCCCGGCUUCGAUCCAUCAUCAACAGCACUCGGCCGUCACCCAUCCGAGCCAUCAUCCCCACGGCGCGUUUCUCAGGUACAUGAGGAGCAACGGCGGAGGGGGAGGCGGGGGCGGCGGGGCCGGUGGAAUCGGCGGCGGGCAGAGGCAGGAGAUGUCGUGCAUGUGGGUCGAUCAAGACGCGCCCGGUCCCGGAAGGAAGCUCUGCGGCAAACUCUUCAACUCCCUCCACGAUAUCGUGACGCACCUCACGGUGGAGCACGUGGGCGGUCCCGAGUGCACCACGCACGCGUGCUUCUGGCAGGGGUGCUCGCGUAACGGCAGGGCCUUCAAGGCCAAGUACAAGCUCGUCAAUCACAUAAGGGUGCAUACCGGCGAGAAACCGUUCCCCUGCCCGUUCCCCGGCUGCGGCAAAGUCUUCGCGAGAUCCGAGAACUUGAAAAUUCACAAGAGGACGCACACCGGCGAGAAACCGUUCAAGUGCGAAUACUCGGGCUGCGAGAGGCGGUUCGCGAACAGCAGCGACCGCAAGAAGCACAGUCACGUCCACACGUCCGACAAGCCUUACAAUUGUCGAGUUUCCGGCUGCGACAAGUCGUAUACCCAUCCUAGCUCGUUGCGCAAACAUAUGAAGGUGCACGGCAUGACCCUGGGCGAGGGGAAGAUAGGAGGGGGCUACGAGAGCGAGGGUGAAGAGAGCAGCAGCAGCGGGGGUAGCUUGUCGGUGACCGGGCACACCGAGUCGCCGCAGCCGCCCCCGGUCGUGCCGACAACGACCACGGCCAACCCACCGUCGAGCCAUCCUUCGACCAGGGGCCCAGAGUUGACGGAGUGGUACGUGUGUCAGCCGCCAACGGUCGGUCCCCAGCACAGCCCGUUGCCGGGCCCACCGCCGCCCCAUCACCUCGGUCCUCACCACUUCAACCCGCUCAUGCAUCAUCAGGCGACUGCUUACUAG